AUGGGCAAGAUGGACGCCGACACGGGCGGGCCGGUCGUCAAAGACCUCGUCCUCAUCGGCGGCGGGCACUCGCACGUCUACGUGCUCAAGAUGUUCGGCAUGAACAAGCUCCCCGGCGUGCGCGUGACGCUGAUCGCGAAGGACGUGCACACGCCGUACAGCGGGAUGCUCCCGGGGCACGUCGCCGGGCACUACACCUGGGAAGAGUGCCACGUCGAUUUACGGCCGCUGUGCACGUUCGCGGGGCACAGGCUCGUGCACGACGAGGCGAUCGGGAUCGACGCGGCGAACCAGCGCGUGCUCUUGAAGUCGAGGCCGUCGAUUCGCUACGACGCGCUCAGCGUCGACGUCGGCAUCACGCCGUCUUCCGGCGCGGUGACGGGCGCGUCCGCGUUCACGACGCCGGUGAAACCGAUAUUCGGGUUCAGCGCGCGGUGGGAAGCGCUCAUGAGACGCGUGUUGGAGCAAAACACGAAGACGAACGUCGUCGUCGUCGGCGGCGGCGGCGGCGGCGUCGAGCUCGCGCUCGCGAUGCAACACCGACUGCACGAGGAGCUCGAAAACGCGGGAAGGUCGAAAGACCUCGCGUCGUUCGCGAUCGUGACGCGGGGGAAGCUCGUGCCGACGCACGCGGCGAACACGCGAAAUAUAUUCCUCGACGUGUUCGCGUCGAGGGGCGUCGAGGUCGUCGAGGACGACGGCGUGAAAGACGUCGCGAAGGAUAAAGUGCGACUCGCGAGCGGACGAGUGCUCGCCGCAGACGAGUGCAUCUGGUGCACGCAGGCGGCGCCGCAGGCGUGGCCGGGGGAGUCCGGACUCGAGACCGAGGACGGGUUCAUCAGAGUGAACGCGACGUUGGAGUCGACGUCUCAUCCAGGGAUAUUCGCCGCGGGGGACAUCGCGGCGGUGCGAGGGCAUCCGCGACCGAAAGCGGGGGUGUUCGCCGUGCGUCAAGGCCCGCCGCUGGCGGACAACUUGCGGAGAUAUUUACUCGGCGAGCCGCUCGUGGAAUUCACGCCGCAGAAGAAAUUUCUCGGUCUUAUAAGCACGGGGUCCAAGCACGCGAUCGCGUCGCGCGGUUCCAUGAGCUUCGGCGGCGUCUCGAAGACGGGAGCGAUGCUGUGGAAGUGGAAGGACAAGAUCGAUCGGAAGUGGAUGAAAAUGUACCAGGAAAUGCCGGCGAUGCCGGAGCCCGUUCCCGAGGUCGCAGAAGUCGCGCUCGCGUCCGGACCGGCGGCGAUCGCGGCGAUUCAGGCGGUUCCGAUGCGCUGCGGCGGGUGCGGGGCGAAAGUAGGCGCGAGCGUGCUGAGCCGCGUGAUGGCGCGUCUCGACGUGCCCACGCGAGCGGAGGUCGAAGUCGGCCUCGAUCAACCCGACGACGCGGCGGUGAUCACGGUUCCGCCCGGAAAGGUUUCCGUGCAAACCGUCGAUUUUUUCCGUUCCUUCGUGGACGAUCCUUACAUCUUUGGACAAAUAGCCGCGGUACACGCGCUUGGAGAUUCGUGGGCGAUGGGCGCGGAGCCGCACGCCGCGCUCGCGAUCGCGCAGGUGCCGUACGGUCUCGAGUCUCAGGUCGAGGAAGACUUGUUUCAGAUGAUGUCCGGCGCGACGUCCGUCCUCAAAGACGUCGGCUGCGCGCUCGCGGGAGGCCACAGCUGCGAGGGAGCGGAGCUCGCGUUAGGAUUUUCCGUCCACGGCGUCGCCGAUCGCGGGACGCUCAUGCGGAAAGGGGGAAUGAAGUCCGGCGAGGCGCUGAUUUUAACCAAGCCGAUCGGCACCGGGACGCUGUUCGCCGCGGACAUGCGCUCGAAAGCGGAGGGACGCUGGAUAAGCGCCGCGCUCGAUAGCAUGCGUCUACCGAGCGCGACCGCGGCGAAGAUUUUAGUCGACCACGGAGCGAGCGCGUGCACGGACGUCACCGGGUUCGGGCUCCUCGGUCACCUCGUCGAGAUGUGCAAGGGCUCGAACGUCGCGGCGGUGCUCGACCUCGACGCCGUUCCUGUGCUCGACGGCGCGCGAGAGUGCUUGGACCUCGGGAUAACGUCCUCGCUGCAGGCGUCGAACGUGCGGUUAGCCCGCGCGGUCGCGAACCAGGAAGCAAUCGCGAGGAACGCGAUGUACCCUCUGAUAUUCGACCCGCAGACCGCGGGAGGUCUCCUCGCGAGCGUCCCCGCCGACGCCGCGGAGACGUGCGCGGCGGCGCUGAGAGCGGCGGGAUACCCCACCACGUCGAUCAUCGGCGAGACGUUCGCGCGUCUCCCCGCGGUGUCGACCGCGCCCGAGCAGGUCGUGUACGUACAGGACGCAUCGAACCCGUUCGCGUCCUCGGGAGAAGGCGGCGUGCUCGUCGGAUCGUCGAAGCCGGAGCGCGACGCCGGAGCGCGCGAGGGAGCUUUGAAACGAAAAAAGCCGCGUCGCUCGUGA